CCUCGGGGCAAUAUCAUCGAGCCCUUCGGAGGUUUUGCAUUACCUUGAGCCUCGCCGCACAAAUCACAUUGGUCCCAACGACCAGAUGACAUCAUCAGCGCAUCCACACCCAAAGCGGUAACGCCCCGUUCCAGCGUCUACCCCAUCACAGUAACGAACUGCGAGAUCUGAGGCAACGACGCAACAGCCUCGCACAUUGCACCCCAAAAACCAGCUGUGCUCCCUGUCUAACAAUAGAGGAUCCCUGGAGCAUGCGACAUCAUACCGCGACAUCAUACAAAACGGCGGAUAUGGCAUUCCCAUAGUCCAAGACCCUACUUCCAAACCAAGCACUACACUACUUUUUUCCCAAGCCGCUAUUGCAUACCAUACCUACUUCUGCCUUGAUUCGCACUAGAAAGCCAAACACACUACUUGCAAACCAACGAAGCACACCACACAGCACAGCAAGCACCAUGGGCCUCUUCCGCCAAAAGCACUCCGCCGCUGCAGCGCCCUCGCCAAACCCACUUAUAACCUACACCAUCGCGCAAAACCUCGCGGGCAAGCUAACCGUGACCUCGCCCGUGCCCACCGCAUACGCAUACUCUAUCACGCUGUCGCUCAAGAAAUCCUUCCGCGACACCAUCGAAGUCGCCAUCCACCGCAGCAUCGCCAGUACCUACGAGCAGCACGCCGACGUCGUGGGCCACUGCCUGAUCCAAACCGCGAGCGCCAAGUUCCUCGACUGCAAGUUCGACGCGUACGGCACGGACGUGAAGCUAGAGAAGAGCGGCGGCGGGCUCAACGUGGAGAAGACGACGUACAAGCUCGAGGUGCCGCGGCUGGGCAAGUACAAGUGGGUGCACGACCACGAGGCGCUGACGAGCGCGGACAAGCGGUUGAAGCUGGUGGAGGAGAGCUCCGGGGCGGUGCUGGCGCGGUUUGGCGGCGCGCAGGGCGUCAAUGAGUUUGGCGUGCUGGAGGUGUAUGAUUGGCGCGUGGCGCAGGAUCAGGAUUGGUGUGGGCUGUGUGUGUUGACGGCGGUGUGCGUGUAUGCGCGGGAGGAGCGGACGAGGGAGCGGAAGAAGAAGGCGAAUGGGAUUGUGAGUGCUGUGGGGAAUUGGGGUGGUUUGUUGACGAUGGGGAUGCCGGUGGGGAACUAGAUGAAUGGUGCGAAUGUCGAGUUGUUUUUCUGCAAAGUCGGGGUUUAGCGCUCUAUUCUUGUGGGUCUUCUCUUUCAGAUUCUCCUGCUCUUCCUCAGCGACGAUGAACGUCCCGUGAGAGGUACCUCCUAUGUGGCUCACAAGUAUCGUCUCACUUCUUCCCGAGUCCCAGUUUCUUCUUGAUGUUCGAUCCGACCUUCUUAAGUCCCGACUCCUUCUCCCUCUGCUCCUCCUGCGCCUGUCUCGCCCCCGAUCCACCUCUCACAUUGAUCUUCGUCUUCUCACUACCAGCUCUUCUUGCCUCCUCACUCUUACCUUCCUCAUCUUUCCCUACUACAAUCUUCCAAGCUUCCUCUCCUUCACCAGCCUCCACCACCAUCGGCUUGACCUCCCAAUUCCCCUGGCCCUC